AUGGCCGCCUCAUCUGACUCCCAGGCCUCCGCAUUUUCGGCAGCCGAGUUGGAGUUUCUUGCAGAAGAUGAAAUGAUUGAGAUUGUACCAAAUAUGAGGAUGGAUUCACUCAAUUUCGUCUCUGGGGAUUUUGGUCCUUUUAGACCACAAAUAGCAACGCAGGUGCCACUGUGGUUAGCAGUAGCGUUGAAGAAGAGAGGCAAGUGCAUGAUUCGGCCCCCCGAGUGGAUGUCUAUAGAAAAGUUAACACAAGUGCUGGAAGCAGAACGAGAUUCUGAAAAGUUUCAGCCUCUACCAUUUCACUAUGUAGAAAUAUCAAGGCUUCUUUUUGAUUAUGCCCGAGAAGACAUUCAGGAUGUAUAUAUGGUAAGGUCUCUAAUUGAGGACAUCAAGGAUGUGCGUUUUCACAAAAUUGGAACUGGCUUGGAGAUUAUCUCGAGGGAACGCACUUAUGCGCUGAGGCUUAAAAAUCUAUCAGCUAUGGAAGCAAAUAUAGUGCGUCCAUUUGUUACAAGAGCUCUGGAGACGUUUUAUAAGCUCAGCAGUCCUGAGAUGAUACAAGAAUCAGACCACCUAUCUAAUAGACAACCUCAAGUAACCAAUCGUGGGCCAAGACGGCAACUGAAAGAUAGAUGA